GGGGAGUGUUGCCAGUCGAGCUCCUUACUGCGCAGGUGUAAUGAAAGGGUUUCCCUUUCUGUGGAGGGAAACCUGGCCUCCUUGUAAACUGGAGGUGUCUCGUUGGUUCUGUCAUGCUUGUGCCUGGCUGCGCUGUAGAAUUGGCAUUUUCUCUCCAGUCCCGGGCUCCAUGUGCGGUGCUUACCGGCAAUUUAAAAUCAGUACAAUGGAAAGAAAGUGCUGUAGGCGGCCUGGGUUAUGGCCCUUCUCAACAAUGUAUACAUUCCUGCUAGGUGCCUUAUUCAUUGCUUUAAGCUCAAGUCGCAUCUUACUGGUAAAAUACUCUGCCAAUGAAGAGAACAAGUAUGAUUAUCUACCAACUACUGUGAAUGUAUGCUCAGAACUGGUGAAGCUAGUUUUCUGUGUGCUUGUGUCCUUCUGUGUUAUAAAGAAAGAACCUCAUCGAAAUAGAAAUUUGAGAUGUGCUUCCUGGAAGGAAUUCUGUAAUUUCAUGAAGUGGUCCAUUCCUGCCUUUCUCUAUUUCCUGGACAACUUGAUUGUCUUCUAUGUCCUAUCCUAUCUUCAGCCUGCCAUGGCUGUUAUCUUCUCAAAUUUUAGCAUUAUAACAACAGCUCUUCUAUUCAGGAUAGUGCUGAAUAUUUCUUCAAUGGCUAAUAUUUAUAAUGAAAAAAUAUUGAAGGAAGGGAACCAGCUCACUGAAAACAUCUUCAUACAGAACAGCAAACUCUAUUUCUUUGGCAUUCUUUUUAAUGGACUGACACUGGGCCUUCAGAGCAGUAACCGUGAUCAGAUUAAGAACUGUGGAUUUUUUUAUGGACACAAUGUAUUUUCAGUAGCCCUUAUUUUUGUAACUGCAUUCCAGGGCCUUUCAGUAGCUUUCAUUCUCAAGUUCCUGGAUAACAUGUUCCAUGUCUUGAUGGCUCAGAUCACCACUGUCAUCAUCACAGCAGUAUCUGUCCUGGUCUUUGACUUCAGGCCCUCCCUGGAGUUUUUCUUGGAAGCCCCAUCAGUCCUGCUCUCCAUUUUUAUUUAUAAUGCCGGCAAGCCUCAAAGCCUGGAAUAUCCACCUAGGCAAGAGAGGGUCAGAGAUCUAAGUGGCAAUCUUUGGGAGCGUUCCAGUGGGGAUGGAGAAGAACUGGAAAGGCUUACCAAACCCAAGAGUGAUGAAUCAGAUGAAGAUAAUUUCUAAUUGGUACCCAAAUAGUUGGCAGCUCUCACAAUUGUAUUUUCACAUUUUCAAUAUUUGUAAUAUUUAUGUUUUCAUUUUUAUAAACCAAGGAUGCACUAAAACAUAACCCUUUUUGUAUCUAUCUAAUCGCUCCUAAAACGGUUUCAUCCCAAGGCUUAAAGUACCCAAAGUGUGAAAAAUUUCCCAGGAAAUGACACAGAUAUCAAAGCAUAGAGACUAUAUUAAUAACCCAGUGUUUUGUAAGUCAGCAACAAAUAUUUGCAGAUUAUUUUCCUUGUACUCCAAGUUUCCAAACUUGAAAUAAUCAUGUUAACUAGAUCCUAUAAAUAUACAGAUAGAGAUCAGUUUGCCAGAUAUUCAUAAUUAUGUGGUUCUAGUCUGCAUGUGACAGUCUUCCCUUUUUUAUCAUAAAUAACAUAGGUUUUCUCCCCAAUUUAGAGACUGUAGAGAUAGGCAUUUUGCAAUUAAAAAGCAAUGAAAGUAAAAAUUUUGGCUGGAGGGCCUAUCUGACUGUGCCAUAGUUUCAGGAUGAUGUAGUCCGUGCUAAAUGUUUUGCCGAAAAAGUAACUUUUCUGAAACAAAAUCUCAGAAUUUUAGUUUUUAAGAAUUUACAGAAAAUUUUUUUUUUGUAAUUAUCUUUCAGUGUUUUAUAUACAAGUAAGCUUUGUGUAAGUGAAGUUGGUUCCCAAGUUACCACAGUCAGCACUUGUAUUUAAGCAAACCAUUGUGAGUUGUUUGUUCCUUCCUCUUCAAUUUGUAUAUCUCAACAUCUUGGCAUCAUUGCUUUUGGAUUAUUACAUUUUGGAAAAUAAAUAUGAAGGCAUUUUAUUUUAUUAGUUAUUAAUUAAAGCUUGUGACUGUUAAUAUGUCUUUAUAUCAUAUUCUGUUUCUGAGAGUCAAAACACUGGCUUCAAAAUCAUUACAAGAUUAUCAAUAAGACUAAUGCCAAAGAAUUCCUUUAAAAAAGAUGCUUUUGCAAAUAAAUGUUGACUUUUAAUGAAAUAUGAAUUGUAUAACUCUAAAAAUAGGAAAUCACUUUACAGUAAUUGUUCUCACUUAUAAGUGCAUGGUAUUUUUUAAGGUACUUUUGCAUGCAGCCAAUUGACUCUAUUAGAUAGAACAAUCAGGUGAUAGAUAAUUUAAAAACAAGAAAACGGUGAUUUGUUAAAGGUCAUGCAGCUGAAUGGUGAUAGGAGGACAGGCUUUAGCUUAUAACACUGUAUGUUUACAAAGUUCUAUACUGUAAAUUUAAGUGAUAAGGUGUCAUGCCUACACAUUUCUUCUUUAUUUCCUCUUAAUUUUUAUAUAUGUAAGAUAAUGCUAUUAUAUAAUCCAUCUGUGAUAUCCUGAAUAAUAUGACUGUCAAGAAUUGGUCACAAUUUGUAAUUAAAUUAAUUAUUAAACCUGUA